CAUCUCUGUGGGCACUUAUUCACCCAUCAUUCAUUCAUGCAAUUACCUUGGAAUAAUUAUUGUUUCCAUUACUCCUUGCGUUCAAAAAACUUCCGACACCUUCAACUUUACCGCUAAGAAUAAUAAAAAACCAAAACCCUUUCUUUUUCUCUCUCUCUCUCUCUCUCUCUCUCUCUCUCUCUCUCUCUCGAUAUCUAGAAACAGCACAUCAUCAGGUCACAUCAAAUUGUGGUCAUUCAGCAGAACCCAACAAAACCCCGGCCAUCAUUUAGCAGAGAAGCCCAGAUGGAUAUGGAAAUUGAAUGGUGGUGACCAGCAACAGCAAGCAAUUCGAAUUCCUAGGGAUUCAUUCAUUCAUUCAUUCUCUCUCGCUGAAAAUGGGGGACAACGAAGAUGUUCUUGAGGGAAGAAGUACUUCUUGCACAUCCGAUACACUAAUGAAUGACGGCAACACUGUCAUCUCCAAUGAUCAUCAUUCUUCUGAUCUCCACGUAUCCGACGAUGAUGCCCGGAAAUUGCAGAAUCUUACAGAAUCUGAUAUGAUGAAAGAACGAUUCUCAAAGCUGCUGCUUGGUGAAGACAUGUCCGGCUGCGGCAAUGGAGUCUGCACUGCUCUUGCUAUUUCGAAUGCCAUCACCAACCUCUGCGCCACACUCUUCGGACAAGUCUGGCGAUUAGAGCCCUUGCCACCAGAGAAGAAGCUAAUGUGGAAAAGAGAAAUGGAAUGGCUCCUCUGCGUCAGUGAUCACAUCGUCGAACUCCUCCCUUCUUCCCAGACAUUCCCCGACGGAUCAAAACUCGAGGUCAUGACUCUCAGGCCUCGCUCCGAUUUGUACAUCAACCUCCCCGCCCUGCAAAAACUAGACAACAUGCUGCUUGACAUUUUAGACAGCUUCGAAAGCUCAGAGUUUUGGUACGUGGACAAAGGAAUAGUAACCGAUGGCUCGUCCUCAUUCGGGAAAGCCCUUCUCCGGCAAGAACACAAAUGGUGGCUUCCCGUUCCUCGCGUCCCUUCCGGCGGCCUGAGGCCCGAAGAUAGAAAGUCACUGCAACACCGGCGGGAAAGCGCCAACCAGAUUCUCAAAGCUGCAAUGGCGAUCAACGAGGCUGCCUUGGCUGAAAUGGACGUCCCGGAUUCCUACUUAGAGGCCCUUCCCAAGAAUGGAAGGAUGAGUUUGGGAGAUCUUAUCCACAGGUGCAUAAGCUCUGAUCAAUUCUCGCCAGAUUAUCUGCUCGACUGCCUCAACCUGUCGUCCGAUCACGAAGCUCUCGAGAUUGCUAAUAAAGUGGAGGCUGCUGUCCAAGUCUGGCGCAGAAGACCGAGCACCGCAAAGCCUUUGCGUAGCAGUCGCCGCAUGAAUUCCAAGUCAUCGUGGGAAAUGGUUAAGGAUUUGGUGAGCGACGCAGACAAGAGGGAGCUGCAGGCGGACAGGGCCGAGAGCCUUCUACUCUUGCUGAAGCAGCGGUUCCCUGGUCUGCCUCAGACAGCCUUGGACAUGAGCAAAAUCCAGUACAACAAGGAUGUUGGGAAGUCCAUACUCGAGAGUUAUUCGAGGGUGCUGGAGAGCCUCGCGUUCAACAUCGUGGCGCGCAUUGAUGAUCUUCUGUACGUGGACAACUUGUCGAAGCAUUCAGAUCCACUCAUCUCACUCUCUCGGCUGAUAAGUCCAGCAAAGGGAGAUACUUCGCCAUACAUCCAAAGCCGGAAGCUUUCCUCCGGCGUGCUCGGUUUGAAAAGGAUCUUGACGGAUUACUUGAGCACAGACACGAAGGGGAAGGAGACGAGGAGUUCGGACACAUGCUCGACUCAAACUCAGGAUGUCUCUGCGUCGCCAUCGCAGGAGUCAUCCAGUGGCCUGGAAGAAUGAAGAAUUCAAUUUAUUGCCAAACCUGUCUGGAAUUUGAUUCUUUUUUUUUUUGUUUUUUCUUUCCUUGUAUGUGAAUGUGCAUAAAGAACACUAAAAGUUAUUCUAAUUAAACAACGAAAGGGUUCUCAAUCA